AACAUCUUGUCGCUUCUUUGUGGUGUAACGUUGUUCGUUUCCACAGUAGGGCCGUGAGGAAAAAUACAUUACCUGCUUAUUUUGUGUGUUUAGGGUGAUAUGAUACACGAGUUGUGUAGGAUGACACAUUUAAUAGCAGCACAGCUAGCAUAGGAACUUGGGGUUGACAAUUUAUGGCUGUGGCAGCAUCUCUCUUUCAAUUGUUAGCAUGCUAGCAAGUUGGUGUUAGCACACCCACCUGAACUAUGUAGCAAAGGAUAAAUGCACAGUGUCUGCAGCAUUAAUCCAGAUAAUAAAGACAUAACUUUGCAUGGGUUUAGCUUACUGCAUUGCAUACGUAAUCACCAGCGGUGAACAUCAUGAGGAAUAACAAAGGAGACACUGAACAUAACGUUAACGUUAGAACUACGCGCCGGAGGAAGGAUGUGCACAAAGAUGUACCGUUAACUGGCGCGAUUGUACCAGAAACUCCAGAGUCCAAACGGCCCACUGGACCAGGGUCCAGCUAUAUAAUGCUGGAUUCAGAUCCGGGGACAGAUACGUCUGACACAGAGCUAUCUGGGAGUUCAGUGUUAAAACACAAAGAGAAGGAGCAGUCUGACAAGAAUGUGAUUGUUCUGUCUGAUCAGUCAGAAGAGACUGAAGACAGUGCAGAUGAGGUGCGCCCCUCGUCACCUCAAGUCUCCACGAAAUGGUCAGGAGACUCAGAGGCAGCCUGUAAGAGGAAAUGGGUAGACGGGUCACAGGUAUCCCAGCCGAGUUCUGAUUCCCUCCCCAGAAAGAAGCGGAAGCCCUCCGUGCAGACGGACGAUUCGGAGAACGAGGGCCCGGAGCCCACCUGGAAGGAGCAGGAGGACAUGGUGAAGAAACUGCAGACACACUUCCCUCAACUGGACAAGGAGGGACUGAGGGAUGUGCUGCAUGAACAUGACUGGCUGUAUGAGGACACGCUGGAGGCUCUACGGAUGUUCUCUGAAGAAGCCGAGGUGCUCUCUGAGAACGACGCUCCCUCCCCCCAACCCUCCAGACGCGACGCGUCCCCUCCCACGCGGUCCAGCAUCACGCGGACGGCGUCCCAGCCCACGAAACCCGCGCCCAAACCUACGCCGUCCAGCCCGAAGAGACCUCACAGAACCGCAGAGGAGGUCCCACAGAACGGAACCAGAGUGCUGCGGAAACGGAACCCGGUGCCGGUGAGCUACGUCGUGGACUCCGACAGCGACGACGGCAUAGCUAAAGGCCGCGGCGCUAAGGGUGGCGUAGCUAAAGGUGGCGUAGCUGCUAAGGGCGGCGGCGCUAAGGGCGGCAGUGACUUUGAGGCGGUGUCGUCGGACUCCGAUUCGGAGGACGAGGGCAACGAGCGCCUGACCGCGCAGAAGAGACAGUUGCUGGACUUCUUCCAGGAGGCGUCCCUGGAGGAGCUGUCGCUCAUCGAAGGCUGCUCGGCCAAGAAGGCCCAGAAGAUCGUGGAGCUCAGGCCUUUCAAGAAGUGGCGAGACCUGGAUAAGGCCCUGAGCGGCGGUCACGGGCUGUCGAUGGAGCUCCUGGCGGGCUGCCGGGAGGUGCUGCGUGAGCGGGAGGUGGUGCAGGGCCUCAUGGGCCACUGCGAGGAGAUCGCCCAGAAGAUGAGCCGCGACGUCACCCAGGUGCUGGAGAGCGGCACAGGCUCCAUGGAGCAGCCACUUGUCCUCAACCAAACGUUUAAGCUGAAGCCGUACCAGCUGGUGGGACUGCGCUGGCUCACCCUGCUUCACCAGAACAACCUCAGCGGCAUCCUGGCAGACGAGAUGGGUUUGGGGAAGACCAUUCAGGCCAUCGCCUUCCUGGCCAGCUUGUAUCAGGACGGGAACCGCGGGCCACACCUCAUCGUCGUGCCAGCCUCCACACUAGAUAACUGGGUCCGUGAGCUGAAGCUGUGGUGCCCCAGCUUGGAGGUCCUCGUUUAUCACGGCACGGCUGAGGAGCGCCGCUUCACCCGAUACCAGGCCCUCAGCAACAGGGAGGACUACAACAUCAUCGUGACCACGUACAACCUGGCGAUAGGGAACUCGAGUGACCGCAGUCUGUUCCGUAAGAUGAAGCUGGAAUACGCCGUGUUUGACGAGGGCCACAUGCUGAAGAACAUGAACUCACUGCGCUAUCGCCACCUCAUGGCCAUCAACGCGGAUCACCGGCUGCUGCUGACGGGCACUCCCCUGCAGAAUAACCUUCUGGAGCUCAUGUCGCUGCUCAACUUCAUCAUGCCCUCCAUGUUCGCCAGCUCCACCGCCCAGAUCGCCCGCCUCUUCUCCAUGAACUCUUGUGAAGGGCAGAGCAGCUUUGAGAGGAAACGCAUCACCCACGCCAAGCUCAUCAUGAAGCCUUUCAUCCUCAGACGUGUCAAGAGUGAGGUGCUGAAGCAGCUGCCAGCCAAAGAGGAGUCUGUGGAGUUCUGCCCCAUGAGUGCCAAGCAGCAGCAGCUCUACAGCGCCCUCCUCAGGAAGCUGAAGGGCGCCGCCACCAACGGAGAGAAGCGUGAGCUGACCAAUGCAAUGAUGCAACUGCGCAAGAUGGCCAACCACCCGCUGCUACACCGUCAGUACUACACCUCUGAGCCCCUGACCGCCAUGAGCAAACUCAUGCUGAAUGAGCUGACCCACCGGGACUCGGACCCGGACCUGGUGAAGGAGGACAUGGAGGUGAUGUCGGACUUUGAGCUACACCGCCUGUGCCAGCAGUACUCCGCUCUGAGGGAGCACAAGCUGGGCACCGACCUGCUGCUGGACUCAGGGAAGCUGCACUUUCUCACAAAGCUGCUGGCCUCCCUCAAAGAGGAGGGGUCCCGAGUAGUCCUCUUCAGCCAAUUCACCAUGAUGCUCGACAUCCUCGAGCUCUUCCUCAAGCAUCACAGCCACCGCUACAUCCGAUUGGACGGCUCAACGCCCAUGGCUGACAGGAUUGGCCUGAUCGAUGAGUUCAACACGGACCAGGACAUCUUUGUGUUCCUGUUGUCCACCAAGGCAGGGGGGCUGGGCAUCAACUUGACUUCUGCCAACGUGGUCAUCUUGCACGACAUCGACUGCAACCCGUACAACGACAAACAGGCGGAGGAUCGUUGCCACCGCCUGGGUCAGACAAGGACGGUGAAGGUGAUCAGGCUUAUCAGCAAAGACUCCAUAGAGGACGGCAUGCUGCGCAUCGGACAGAAGAAACUCAAACUGGAACAGGACAUGACCGCGUGCGAACAGGGUGAGGAGGACAGCAUAUCCGACGAUAUGGCCUCUCUCCUGAAGGCGUCACUGGGACUGUAACGGCCAGACUUUUUGCUGACAGUAGCAAAUCUCUAGUGUGUAAAUGCCAGACAGGAGGCAUGAUGACAGUUGUGUGUCACGACACAAGUGUUCUUGUUUUAUUGUUUUUUUUUUAUAUAUACAUAUACAGUGUAUGGACUCCUGCUGCAUUGAAAAAACACAUUAAGAAGUGUGCCACGUAUACCUCGUAAUAAACCUAUCCAUGGAAUGUACUUGUUUUGUCUGUGACUGUCGUUUGUAAAGUCGUUUUAAAAUAGUAGGUUUUAAUAAAUGUUUUUGAUCUAUGA